GCUAAAUUUAGGAACGCCGCUAAACAUAGGGGAAGAGAUGGGGGUAGUCGAUGAUGGAGGUGGGGGCAUGGCUAUGACAAAUGGAUUGUAGGGCACCGAGGUUCUUAUCCAUGGGUAUCUUUUUGUGGUCUGGCGUUCGGGAGAUGGGUUCAUGUGGCGAGGGCUUGAAGGGAUUGUGCCCUAGAGUUAAUGGUAGCAGUGGUGGUGAUGGUCUUUCAAAUGUUAGCAGUGAACCUAGUGGGGGUUUUCGAGAUGCAAAUGAUGGUCUCUAUACGGAGCUCUGGCAUGCUUGUGCUGGUCCACUUGUUACUGUUCCUCAAAUGGGGGAUAAGGUCUUUUACUUCCCUCAAGGUCAUACUGAACAGGUUGAGAAAUCCACAAAUCAGGGUGCUGAUCAGCCUAUGCCUAACUACGAUCUGCCAUCCAAGAUCCUUUGCAGGGUGGUGAAUGUCUGGCUAAAGGCUGAAACUGAUACUGAUGAGGUUUAUGCUCAACUCACCUUGAUUCCUGAGCCAAAUCAAGAUGAGACUACUCUGGAGAAGGAGACAGUGCAAUCACCCCCUCGACGGCCACAUGUUUAUUCCUUCUGUAAAACCCUGACUGCUUCUGACACCAGCACACAUGGUGGAUUUUCUGUUUUGAGGCGACAUGCCGAGGAAUGUCUCCCUCGCCUGGACAUGUCUCAGCAACCUCCUACCCAGGAUUUAGUGGCAAAAGAUUUGCAUGGGGUUGAGUGGCGCUUCCGCCACAUAUUUCGUGGUCAGCCCAGAAGGCACUUGCUAACGACCGGAUGGAGUGGAUUUGUGAGCUCAAAGAGGCUUGUUGCUGGAGAUGCUUUUAUCUUUCUCAGGGGAGAAAAUGGAGAGCUUCGAGUUGGGGUGAGGCGAGCUCUGAGGCAGCAGAACAACAUGCCCACUUCAGUGAUAUCAAGCCACAGCAUGCACCUUGGUGUGCUAGCCACAGCCAUGCAUGCCUUUUCUACUGGAACUAUGUUCAGCGUCUAUUACAGGCCAAGAACAAGCCCUUCUGAGUUUGUCAUACCUUAUGAUCAGUAUAUGGAGUCUGUCAAAAAUAACUAUUCAAUUGGAAUGAGGUUCAGGAUGAGAUUUGAGGGCGAGGAAACCCCAGAGCAAAGAUUCACGGGAACGAUUGUGGGGGUUGAAGACUACGAUUCUAAUAGAUGGCCUGCUUCAAAAUGGAGAUGUCUAAAAGUGCAAUGGGAUGAGCAAUCAUCUGUUGAACGGCCACUUAGAGUGUCUCCAUGGAAAAUUGAGCCAUCUGCUGCUCCAACUGCUAUUAAUCCCCCACCCAUUCCCAGAGCCAAGCGCCCCCGUACUAAUGUCCCUUCACCCUCAGAUGUUUCACAUCUCAGCAGAGAAGGCCUGCCCAGGGGUAUGACUGAACAUUCCCAGCUGCCAAGGUAUCCAGGGGUCUUGCAAGGUCAAGAAGGCAUGGCCUUGGUGGGAGGACCUUUCUCCUCUGGCACUAACAACCCUCAAAGUCAUCAAAAGUCAUCGAUGUGGGCUCCACCUCUCCUCCCACCCAAGGAGGACCCCUACCCUCAUCCCCCUCAUCCAAACUGGAUGUCACUUUUACGAAGUGAAUCACCAUUUACAGACAAAAAUCCACCAAGCCACUGGGCGCUAUCUCCAUUUCCCGGUGAGAAGGCAUGGCCCCCAUUGGGCCCAACCCUCUUGGUGGGGCGAGAGGAUCAAAAGCCAUUGGGAGGGGGCCUCCAAUCUGGGGGUUGCAAGUUGUUUGGGAUCAACUUGUUUGAGCAUCAGACAGAAGUGGCUUCUCCCGGGAUUGCUGGGUUUCCAAGCAGGGGGCAGCAGCAGGUGGUGUUGAGGACCCCACCUCCAGUUGGGUUGGAGGGAGAUCAGGUGUCAGAACAAUCAAAGGGUGGGGGAAAGUCUGUGGACACUGGGAGUGACACUGAUAGGCCCUUACCUCCUAAGGCUCAGAGUGCCUCCACUAGAAGCUGCACAAAGGUUCACAUGCAGGGUAAUGCUUUAGGGAGAUCUGUGGACCUGACAAAAUUCAAGGGUUAUAAAGAUCUGGUGGCAGAACUGGAUCGCAUGUUUGGGUUCGAGGGGGAGCUGAUGGAUCCCAUGAAGGGGUGGCAGGUUGUGUACACUGAUGAUGAAGGAGACAUGAUGCUGGUUGGGGAUGACCCAUGGCAGCGCUACAGGGAAUUCUGCGUCAUGGUGCGCAAGAUUUACAUAUACACUCGAGAGGAAGUUCAGAGGAUGAGACCCCGUUCAAUGAGCCAGAAAGGCCAUGAUGUCGGUGACCACACACACGAAACUGUGUCGACCCCCAAGGAAACUGCGAGUUCUGAUGCCAGGAACUGCUAGCUCUCUUUCCCCCUCUUACUCUAGGGCCAGCCAGGCGGUUUUGAAAAGAUUUUGGCUGGCCAUGCCUCCUGGUUUCUUAGCGUGGAUGAAAUUCCAGUUUUGCAAGGGUUGUUAGUUUGGUACAUGCGCGUGUUUCUUAUCAUUCACCGGCCAGUAUUUUACAGGAAGGGACUUUUUUCCUUUUUCUUUCUCUGUAACCAACCAAAAUUCCAUAUGUAUGGAAAUAUAUAUGUGCAUAUAAAUUAAUGCUUUGCGGCGGACUUCGAUGC